AUGCUAAACGUCAAAUGGCUUGAAGACAACGUUAGUGCGAUUCGACAAUCAAAACCACGAUUAUUUGGCGCUUUUCUUCUCCUGAAAGUCUCGAUCAUUGUAUUGUAUUAUUUUGCCACACGAUGCAAAUCGUUAACCUGUUGGUCGAUCAAACCAACUCCAUGUUACGUUAUUACACUACCUGGUCAAGAAGAACGAGUAGCGAAUAUGAAAGGCUUGUUUAAGAAAUACGCCAAUCUCAAUGUUAGUCCAUUCUAUGGUGUUAACGGCAGGAAAAUGUAUACCGGAGCAGAAGGGAAAUAUUUAUUGCCUGGAGAAAUUGGAUUACGUGAUUCAAUGAAGAAUAUCUACACGAUGGCGAUAGAAAAGAAGUAUAAAGCAAUGUUUGUUUUUGAAGAUGAUGCUAUUCCACACCGAAAUUUUACAAAACUAUUCGAAAAUCUGCCUGAACGAUGUCGAGAAGCGGACGUCCUUCUGUUAGGUGCAACGCUUAAUUAUUCAAAGAAAAGAAAGUUGUGGGAAAAAGCUUGUUUCGAUGUGCCUAAAGUAGCUUGGGGUGCAUUUGCUUUAUAUGUGAAAAGCACAGCAUUCAAGCCAAUUGUGGAUUGGUUAAUGGAAAUGGAUCUGAAUCCAUUUGAUUCAGUGUAUGAAGUGUUACAAGGAGAAGGACUGAAAGUUCGCGUUGCUUAUCCGCCAUUUUUAGUCAUUGCAGACGUUUCGCAUCCGUCAUCCGUGAAUCCAUACCGUGGUAUCGAUCGACUUCCAAUGCAUGAGCGUGCGGAAUUGCAUAAGUGGAAUCUGGAAGAUUAUCCUAUGUCGGAAAUGUCAAUAGAAAUAGAUCAAGAAAAAGAGUAA